AUGGCGGAUUCGAAGUUUGAACCUUUAGAGCAGCAGUUGGAAAUGUUCAUUGAGAACACGCGUCAAAUAGGAAUUUCAGUUGCGGACAUGCAACCCCAGGGACAAGCCGUUUUAAAUCAAAAAUUGCAUCAGCUGGUCAUUGGCUUGCAAGAAAUCGACAAACUUCGUUCCUUGGUGCAAGAUGUACAAAUCCCAUCAGACGUUUUUGAGUAUAUAGAUGAAGGCAAAAAUCCACAACUGUAUACAAAAGAUUGCAUGGAGAAGUCCUUAGCCAAGAAUGAAGAAAUUAAGGGGAAGAUUGAAGCUUUGAAGAAGUUCAAGUCACUGCUGGUUGUUGAACUUAGCAAAGUUUUCCCUAACGAAAUGGCCAAAUACAGACAGCUGCGAGGUGAUGAUCGACCUGUCACCGAACAAUAG